UCCGCAGCUGCCCGCGAUCAAAACAAGCCAGUUGAACUUCAUGUCGGUUGUCCUUGCUAUACUGGCUUUCAACCUAUUUUGCGGUCUCCUUUCUUGUAUUCGCUUUUUUUUUGGGCUGCAUAGAGAUGUGCUUGGGCUAGAGAUGGGCAUUCCAGGACUUAACAAAGCAAUCGGGAAUUCCGACCGAAUCGCAUUAUCCAGACUUGCAGUCAAGCACCUGGAAGCCACUCGACGGCCCAUCAAAAUUGCAGUGGACAUAUCCAUAUGGCUUUUCCAACUCCAGGCCGGACGCGGUGGGCAAAACCCCGAGCUACGAACUUUAUUCUUCAGACUCGUUCGACUUCUUGCCUUGCCAGUACACCCACUUUUUGUUUAUGAUGGGAUGCAAAAGCCCCCCUUCAAGAGGGGCAAAGCAACUACAGGGCGAAGUUAUGGCUCUACGCCAAUUAUUAGCCAGUCCAAGAUUUUGAUAGACCUUUUUAAAUUCCCGCGGCAUGACGCUCCUGGCGAAGCUGAGGCCGAAUGUGCUAGACUACAGCAGGCUGGUGUGGUUGAUGCUGUGAUGAGCAAUGAUAUCGACACUUUAAUGUUCGGGUCUACUCUCACGGUCAUGAACUUUUCAAAAGAAAACUCCACGGGAACGAGUGCGGCGACCCAUGUCGAUUGCUAUACUACCAAGGACGUACUUGAGAUCGGGGCAAAUGUCAAGCUGAGCCGUGCUGGCAUGGUUCUUUUUGCGUUGCUCAGCGGUGGCGAUUAUCUACCGUCAGGAGUUACAAAGUGUGGGCCGAGUCUUGCCGGAGAGAUUGCAAAGGCCGGCUUUGGAGAGGAUCUUUUUGAAAUCGUCUACUCGGAAGAAUCAAAACUCAACGAAAAAUUAGGGGAAUGGAGGGAACGGCUACAAUAUGAGCUAGAUGAGAAUGAAAGCGGUUACUUUCAGUCUAAGCACAAAGCCGUACGAAUCCCCGAGUCUUUCCCCGACCAUAAAAUACUAUCCUUCUACGCGAGGCCAAUUGUCUCCAAUGAGUUUGAAAUCGAAAACCUACGCCAGCGGCUCAUCGGAGCCUGGGACCAUGAUAUCAAUGUACUUGAGCUUAGGAGAUUCGUUGCUGAUUUUUUCGACUGGAAAUAUCGAUCAGGUGCGAGGAAGCUAGUUCGAAAUCUAGCUGAACCACUGGUUAUAAGUAGGCUCCGGCUUGCCCGCUCUCCUAUAGCGCCAGAGGGCUACGGCAAUUAUGUUCCCAACCAGGAUCUCCCGGUAAUGCAGCGUGUUUAUCGUACCAGAAUGCCCUUUGUAGCCGGGGGGCUACUUCAAUUACAGAUGGAAAUGGUCCCGCUUGAUGUCGUAGGGCUUGAUCUAGAUGCAGAAGAGCCCAAUCCGCCGCCCGAAAACUCGCAGCUCACCCAACCCGAAUCGCAAACCACAGAUGUAGCUGACGAGGAAGACGACGGAGGAGGAGCAGAUGUUGAACCUACAGUUAAUACUGCUGUUGGUGUUCAACUACCGAAGAAGAUAUAUGACCCCAGCGAGCCUGAGAAGAUUUGGGUCUUUGAAGCCGUUGCGAAAAUAGGUCUUCCAGAUGUGGUGGAGCGAUGGAAGAAGCAAGAUGAAGAGAAGAAGGCACCAAAGAAACCUGCUCCAAGAAAGACAGCGGCAACUAGAAAGAAGAAAGUGAUUGAUCCUAGUAUGAAACCUGGUGGAAUUCUGCGCUAUACAACUGUCACAAAGCCCGGCAGAGACAUGGAUGCAGAGAAGGAAGCACGAUUAUUUCAGGCGUCGACCCUUUCGUCAUCUCAAAAGCAAUCAUCAAGCCAAGGCUCGUUUAGAUCCUCCCCUCAGACCCCUUCCAAAAGCACGACUUUUCUAAGUCAAUCGUCAUUUCGAACGCCUAAAAUGAUGAAAAUGCCGUCGUCAGGUGUAAGCUCUCUUGCCUAUCAGUUGCAAGCUACCUCUAUCUCAGCAGAUGGUACCCGGUUCAUCCAACGAAGGAGUCCGCGUCUUGCGACAGGAUAUCCGAUUUUGGGCUCUGCGGAGUCUCCAAUAAGACUUGAUUCGGACGACGAUGUCGAUACGUAUGAAAUGUCUCCACUCUCAAAAUUCACAAUGAGUUAUACUCCUGCUGGAAGUCCGGCACUUCGUUCAGCAAAUAUCCCGAAAUACCUUGAAUCACCAGUAUCCGCAAAACUAAGCAGAAGAGCCCAUAAUAUUCAUUCACCAUCUAUUCAUACUGAGGACUUCGAAUACUCUCUUACUUUAUCCAGUCCAACACCGUCUCAGAAACACAAUGGACGUAAUCGUCAAACAAAAGGCCCAAACAUAUCCAUUCCCCAAGUCGAAGUGGAUAGAGCCGAGAGCCCAGAAAACAAUGUUUCGGACUCUCCUCGUCUAUCACACCCAAAACCACCGAUGUAUUCUUCAAUAACGAACAAGACAUCCCACGAAUCCAAAACCGUGUCCCGCAGACAGCGGGAAAAACAGCAGCAUAAAACACUGGAGUCGCCUGAAGACCCUUCUGCGACUUUAGUCUCGGUACCGAGCAGCGAUAGUGACAAAAAUAAAAAGGCGGAAAAGAGCCUUGAAUCUCAAACAACCAAGAUUGAGACGAUUCGUAUUCAAGAGGGUUUCUGGAGUGUAGAAGUCCAAGAAAUGGGGCCAAAGGACGUUCUUGAGACCAACAAUCCAACGAAAAAGGAAACCAAGGACAACGUCCAAAAGCCGAUAAAAAAGCGGAUUGGACGGGUCAGUCUUUUGGAUAUGAGCUAGCAUACUUUGAUUUUCCUUUUGUGCUCAUGGUAUUGUUUAGAGGCAGAGUUAAUGUAACAUGAACAUACCUACAUAUAUGAUAAUAGACAUG